AUGUUAUUCAGCCCUGCUACGAUCGCCCUCGCCCUCGCCCUUUCCUCUGUUGCUCAGGGUGCUGCGCUCGCCUAUUUACGCGGCGACGAGGCCUCUUACUGGGGCUCCGUCUGGCAGGCCAAGGAGUGGAGCUAUAACAAUCCUCCUGGUAAUGUCGCUAACCAAUGGAUCAAUGUUGGCUCCUGCGAUGGAAUCAACAACAGCAAUGGUGCUGGCAGCCCUGAUGGAGGUCAAAGCUGGAAUAAGGCGAGAGGCGGCGACAACAAUGACACGAAGGGUACAGGUGAGGACAACGACAGCAAGGACAAUGACUGGAACAACGUCAAUGAUUGCGACUGCUCUGACACUAACUCCUGGUCGAAAUCCGCACAGGUUCGCACCCACAUCCUUCUCAUCACCGCUUCUUAA